AUGUUCCUGCGAUUUUUGGGCGUUACUUCACUUGAAUACGAUAAUGGAAGCUAUGGUCCUUCGUUUGAGAAGCAAAUGAUCGAAGAACAACUUAAUGACGCAUACUGGAUCGAAGCUUUUCAACUCGACGAUCAAACUCCGAUUGGGUUCAUAGUUUAUGGACUUUCUCGUGGAGAAGUCAUUUUUUACUCAAACCCGUACACAAAUGCAGAAAACCACAAACCAACUCGUAUUCAAAAACUUAUUACUCCUGUUGCAAUGGAUCAAGCUGAUAUUUCAGGCGAUGGAUUUAAAGAUAUUAUUAUCUGCUUUGACUAUGGAAAUACAAUAAUCGACUUCAAUCCUGAUGGAGGACAUAUUGUAUGGUUGGAAAAUCCUGGAAAGAAUAUGAGCACUGAACCAUGGAAGCAGCAUUAUGUUGGAAAAUCAGCAACAAUGCACAGACUUAAAAUUGGUCAUUUCACGCAAACCAAACGUUGGGAGAUUAUAGGUAUGCCAGUCGUCAACGGACCAUUCGAUGUACCAGUGCCUGUGUUGUUAUUUCGACAGCCUGAUGAUGUGUUAACUGCUAAAGCAUGGGAUUGUGAAAUUAUUGACAAAGAUUAUUUUCAUUUAAUUCAUGAUGCCAAAAUGUUUAAAAUUCAUUUGUUGGAUAAUCUUUUUAUUGCUUCACGGGAAGGUCUUACUUGGCUUUACUACAAUGAGAACUCAGGGGCGUGGAUAAUUGAGAAAAUCGCCGAUGGUGAACAGGGAGAAAAACAGCAGACAAAAUACUAUGGUAGUGGUGGUGUAGACAUAGGGAAAUUUGGAAGUGACACUUUUGGUUAUAUUGUAGCACUUGAACCCUUUCAUGGGAAUGUUGUUUCUAUCUACACUAAAGCAACCAACAAUUCACUGACACAGAUAAAAUGGCAAAGACAUGUUCUCGAUGUAUAUGGACAUCCUGAUCAAAAUGGCGAAGGUCCAGGUCAUCAUAUUAUUUGUGCUGACUUUGACAAAGAUGGAAAUGAUGAAUUUUUAGUUGCACUUCGUGGACCAGCUCCAAAUGAGGGUGUCUUUUAUUAUAAGCCUAUCGAUCUUUCUCGUGGUUUAUUUGUCAAAUGGAAAGUUAGUGAUGAAUCUGCUGCUAGAAUCACCGUUGCAGACUUUGACAAUGAUACCUUUAUUGAUUUUGCAACAAUAGGCUAUUAUGUUCCCGGUUAUUACACAGCGGAAAAUCCUUCAAUUAAUAUAUUUUACAAUCGUUUAGCCAGCAAGACGCUACAAGUGAAAAAUGACUUAAAAGUGACGAAACAAAAUGAUGAACUUUUGUUCACAGUUCCAAGACCAAACAAAGUAUUACAAUACCACGUACUGCCGUUUUUAACGAUAGGCAACAUAACUUUAUCCUUAGAAGUUUUACCACCUUAUAGUUCGCGUCAAGUAGGAAAAAAUACCUAUAUAAAGGUUCUUUCAGGAAUCAUAACAUGGAAAGAUUCCUCAAAUAAAUCACGGCAACCCGUGAACCAUUCGCGUACAUUUCUCUGCAAACCAAAAAGUGCUUGUUCUCUUGAAAUACACAGUGAUGACAACAGAAUAAAAACUGGAAGUGAAGGUGCAAUUUUUAUUGCAUUACAACUACCUAAAGACAUGUAUGAUAUUCCUCGAUUCGACAACAUUCAAAACGUUAUGAUUGAGAACUCAUUAACUGAAAGUUCUCCAGAAGAUGCACGUCAACUUGCUUUCAAAUUUGUCAAAGUAGAUGAACUUGAAUGGGGAAAGGAGAAAUUCAAAGGUCUCGAAUUUUAUAAUAUGAGAGGCUUUAACAUUAAGUUUGCUGAUAACAAUGAACACCUUUGUCAUAUUCAGUUAUGGGCUGCUGGAAAAGGUACGAAUGCUGGGGUGCACAAUCAUAAUACGGACCGCUUUUGCGAAGUUCAUACUUGUAUUGUGAAUGGAAAUGGAAAUAGUGGUAUGCAUUAUCUCAAAAGCUCCGAAGAUUCUUACGAUCCAUUAACUACAUCUGACGCUGAAUUCGUCAAGCUAGUCGUUCCAUCAUUACAUGAACAUGGUCCUCUCUGGGAUAUCAAUUCAAGACAAGAACCAGUUUUACGACAAGAUGGUACAGUUGUAUAUCCUUGGCACAAAUGGCAAUCUGGUGGCAACAAUUCAUCUGACUCUCUAUGCAGUAAAAUACCGUCUGCAAGGAGUCUAGCUAUGAGUGGUCCCAGAGCUCUAACUGUAAAUGCAUCGAUGCUCAAGGCGACGCCACAACGACGCCGCUGCGCUUCUGCGUCACAGCAAUCAUUUGACGUUUGGAUAGCGUUUGAAUUUAAUGCUAAUUUAUCAAAACUGUUCGAAUAA